AUGAAGGUGUACAAGGAAGGGGACAUGGAAGAGCAAAUCCAGGAGCUGAAGACCAUCACGCGACUCCAGGAGCAGUGCCGGUCACUGCAGAUCCAGGCGGUGAAGGAGAAAACAGUCCAGAACAAGGCAACGCUGGCCUUCCUACGUGGCAGCAUCCGGCACGGGGCCCAGGACUGGGCUCAGGCCCAGAAGAACGACCAGUGGACAAUCUCCAAGGCCUGCGGGACGGACGUAGCCAUGAGGCUGGCACACUGCCGCAGCACCAUAGAGGUGGCACGGGAGAAGCUACGCAAGUACGUCUUCGACCGCGUGAACGUGCACAAUGUGUUGAUACACCUGGUGCGGCAGCGCGGUCAGAAGCUAGAGAGCAUGCAACUGGAGCUCGCCAGCCUGGAGAACCAGCCGGAGACCACCAAGGAGGAGCAGCGGCAGCUGCAGAUCAUCCGCCAGCUGGAAAACAACAUCGAAAAGACCCUGAUCAAGAUCACCACGAGCCAGAACAUUCACCUGGUAUAUGUGGACCUGCUGGAUUAUCUGAAGAAAGAGCUGGCAGAAUACCCCACACAGCUGGACAAACUACAGAGCCUAGUGGUCAGCUACUGCUCGGAGCUUUCGGACAUGUCUGUCAUGUCCCGAGACGCCAUGAUGAUCACCGAUGAAGUUAAGAUGAACAUGAGUCAGGCAGAGGCUUCCUUCAUUGAGGAGCGGAGGGCGCGGGAGAACCGGCUUACUCAGCAAAAGAAGCUGAUUGACAAGAUCCACACCAAGGAGACCAGCGAGAAGUACCGGAGGGGACGGCGGGACCUGGACUUCCCUUCUAGCCUGAUGAGUACAGAAAGCCUAAAGGUGAAGCGGAAAGAGACCUCCAAGGCUGACAUCGAGUACCAGGAGAAUGUGACCAUGAUGGUAGACCAUGUGAAGAGCGCUGUGCGCUGCUCCCACCUCUGGGACAUCGCAGGCCGCUUCCUGGCCCAGAGGAAUACAGAGGAGAACCUGCAGCUGCAAAUGGACGACUGUGAGCUACGGCGGAAGCAGCUGGGAAUCCUGAUGAAGAAGCUGGAGUUGGAACAGGCUGUUCUCAAGUUCCACCAGGCACCCAGCUCCGUCAGCUUUGCAUCUGUUGAGAAGAAGAUGAUGGACUUGCUCAGAGAGGAGGAAGACCGGCUACAUUUGGCCCUCAGCAAUGUGACCAAGAGCCAGAAGCUGCUACUGACCAUUCAGACGGGCAUCGACAACCUCUACAUCCGGCUCAUCGGCAUCCCCACGCCGAUAGGCCAGAGAGACAUGGUGCCCUCCAAUUCCCUUGACGUGUACAACAAGCUGAUGUACUGCGAGAGGACACUCACGUUCCUAAUGGACAGAGUGGAGGGGCUGACCCCGUCCGAGGAGGUCAUCACGAAGGUAAAGGACGCCCUGGAGGCCUCCAUGCUUAAGGAGAAGCAGAAUACCAAAAUCAGCUUUGAAGACCGGGAGGAGGACGUGAUAGAAACUUUCCAGUUUGCGGACGUGGACCACAGUUACGUGCCUUCGCGGGCCGAGAUCAAGAAGCAGGGCCAGCGGCUGAUCGAAGGAAAACUGAAGACGCUCAAGAAAAAGAAGAAGUAG